AUGUGCUGCCUGGUUGGGUUGCCUGCCUGCCUGCCUGUCCAAAGGGACGACAACGACAAUGCUCUCAAAACUCAAAAUAUUAACACUUUAACGCCAAGUUUUUUAUCCGGCUGCCGGAAGCAGCAACACACAGCACACACACAUACAGCACACACACAUAAGCAUAAAGUCUAGCACGGCGGCGUUGAAAAAACGCCAUGUUGGAUUAUUCAACUCGACGCCAUUUCGCGUCACAAUGCGCGCUAUGCGCCGCCAUCAUUGCACUCGACAGCAAACGGCAAGCAGCAGCAGCAACAGCAGCUGGGUAGUGGUGCUGGUGGUGCUGCCUGCUACACACCCACAGCGGAUGAAGUUGCAAUUCAAAGUCAUAAACACGUGCAGCGUGGGCGCAAAGUCGCAGCUUAG